AUGAAGCCACCUCUCGGCGGCGGCGAGAAGCGUGACGUCGAGCUCGACGGUGACCUCCUCGACGCAGCGAUGCAGUACGGUCCCUCGGCUGGCCUACCCCAGAUCCGCCAGUGGCUCAACGGACUGCAGACUCAUGUGCACGGCCGCGCCCCUGGCAACUGGGCUGUCUCAAUGGGCUCGGGCUCGCAGGACCUCAUGAGCAAGGCAUUCCACGCACUCCUCAACCCCGGCGACCCAAUCCUCAUGGAGACACCCGUGUACUCUGGUGUCCUCCCGACCUUGCGCCUGCUCAACGCCAAGAUGGUCGAGGUCGACGUUGACGACCAGGGCCUCUCGGCCACGCGCCUUGAUGAGAUCCUCGCCAACUGGCCCGCCGACCAGAAGCGCCCGCGCGUCGUCUACUCCACCCCCGUGGGGUGCAACCCCUCGGGCUGCUCGGCGAGCAAGCAGCGCAAGCUCGACGUGUUGGCGGUCAUGAAGAAGUACGACCUGCUCAUGAUGGAGGACGACCCAUACUACUACCUCACGCAGAACCUCAUUCCUUCGUACUUUGAGCUCGAGACACAGGUCUUCCCCGAGGGUGGGCACGUGGUUCGCUUCGACUCGUUCUCCAAGCUCCUGUCUGCCGGUAUCCGCCUCGGUUUCGCCACGGGACCCAAGGACAUCCUUCACGCGAUCGACGUCAACACAGCCGGUGCCAACCUGCACACCUCGGCCCUCUCGCAGGCCGUGGCCUUCAAGCUCUUGGAAGCGUGGGGCAUCGACGGGUUCCUGAGCCAUGCCCGCUGCGUCGCCGACUUUUACGCCGGGCGUCGCGACAUCUUCGAAGCUGCAGCCAAAAAGUACCUCGCCGGCUUGGCCACGUGGGUCUCGCCUGUCGCCGGCAUGUUCCUGUGGAUCGACAUGUCGCCGGCCGGCAUCACGGACAGCUACAAGCUCAUCCGUAACGAGGCGCUGGCCAAGGGCGUCCUCGCUGUUCCGGGACAGGCAUUCUACCCCUCGGGCCGGGCUUCGCCGCACGUCCGCGUGUCGUUCUCCGUCAUCGACCUCGAGGAGGAGACGCCAGAGGGAUUCCGCCGCCUUGCAGAGGCGAUCCACGACAAGCGCAAGGAGUUGGGCCUCGAGUAA